CAACCUCGUCACCACACAAACCCAGAGCGUUAGAAGAGUAAGCAAGGCCAGAGGUAAAGCUUUUCUGCAAUGGAUCCGGAAACCCACCACCGGAAGCGCCACCGCCCCCACGUCGCCUCGAUCACCACCACCGCCGCCGCCUGCUCCCCUCCUCCUUCCGGAAACAGUGCAGACGAAAAGAAUUACGAACCGGACGAUGGCGACCUCCUCCUCGUGUUCUCCGAACCGGCGGGGUGGCUCGUCCGGGCGGCGGCUGCCCAGGUGGAGCUUAUAGUCUCCGCCCUUCUCUCCCUUGCCGCCCCCAUCGUCGCCCUCCACGAGGACUCCAAGACUGCCCCCCUCCGCGCCGCCCGCAGUGGCGCUGCCCUCCUCCGCCGCCUCGCUGCUGGCCUCCUCGGGGCUGCCGGAGCCGCGGUGGUCCUUGUCUUCGUCGCGGUAGCCGCCGUUCUGCUCGGCGUAGGCCUGGUCCGGCUGUCGGUUGGGGAGCCCGUAUCGGUGCGGCGGCCCCUCCACUUCGACUACACCGAGCCCCACCCAAGCGCCACUGCCGCGCUCGGCGGCGCGCGGAGGGGGAGGCCGGUGCCGGCCGGCCACACCGCCCGGGUCUCACUCGUUCUCAUCAUGCCCGAGUCCGAUUAUAAUCGCCGGAUUGGUGUGUUUCAGGUAACUGCAGAGGCUAUUGCACCUAAUCGAGACACUAUAACAACAUUUAGCCAACCAUGCAUGCUAAGGUUCAGAAGUCUGCCUGUUCGAUUAAUGCGGACAUGUCUAAUGGGAAUCCCUCUUUUAAUGGGGAUAUGCACUGAGAGUCAGAAAAUAACCAUAGAAAUAUUGAGAUAUAAGGAAACCAGUCAGAGAACUGAGGCUAUUAGAGUGAGGUUAAAACCGAGGGCUGGGACAACUGAUCUACCACAAGUGUAUGCAGCAGAGAUCUUCAUGAACUCUCAACUUCCAUGGGGAAAAGAAUUGGUAUACAACUGGAAGUGGACGUUCUAUGUGUGGACUUCACUUUACAUGUACAUUAUACUUCUGAUUCUCUGGUACGGCUGGUUCAAACCAUUCUCUCUUAUAAGGCAUGAAAGUUUUGUAGUGGACCAACCUUCGGAACGUGGGGAGGAUAUGGCGGAUACUUACAAAAAGGAUGAUGAGAUCUCUGAUGAAAUGUCUAAACUCAUACGUAGAUGGCGUGAGCGGAGGAGCAAGAGGAAGGCUCCAUUACCAGAGAUGCAUUUGCCAGAUCUUAUCGAGGGUUCAGCUUCAAGUAAUGUAAGAGAGACAAGGGAAGUUAUCGAGGAUUGUAGUGACUUUGAAGAAGCCUCCGAAACUUCGGAAUGUGGUAGUGGUUAUGCGUGUAAAAGCAAAUGAUCAAGUUGUAUUUGAAUGUUGUUGUUUUUGUAAAUAUUGUUCCUUGCUAAAUGCUAAUUUUUCCAUUAGAAAAAGGUUUCUUUU